AUGACUAAAAUAUCAUCUAAAGAUAAAAAUACCUUCCUCUUGUUUAUAUUUCUCUAUUUUGUAUAGGGCAUUCCCUUAGGAUUAUGGUCAUCUACACUAAUGAUGAUUCUACUUGAACAUGGCGUGCCCUAUACAAAUUUAGCAAUCCUCUCUCUAGCCAUAUAUCCCUUUUCAUUUAAAAUGCUCACUGCCCCUUUCUUAGAUGUUUAUUACAUCAAAUCGAUCGGAAAGAGAAGAACAUACAUUAUACCAAUUCAAUAUCUGAUGGCAAUAAUAUAUACGCUAUUAUAUUUCACCAAAAUCUCAACUUGGGUUUAUAAUAUUGAAUUCUUAACAUUGAUAGGCUUCAUUUUGAUUUUGCUCUCAGCACAUCAAGAUAUUGCAAUUGACGGUUGGGUUCUCACUGCAUUUAGUUCUGAACAUAAUCACUUAGGAGCAACUGCAUAAACAGUAGGUUAAAUGAUAGGAGUCAUAUUCAGUACAACCAUAUUCAUCACAUUAAAUUCGAAGGACUUCUGCAAUUCAUACUUAUACGCCACUCCCCAAGAAACUGGAAUCCUAUCAUUGGAUCUAUUUUGCUUGAUUAACGCAUUUUAUUUGAUUGCUCUCACAUUAUAUGUAUAAUUUUUUACAACAGAAUAAUCAAAAGAGGAAUCUUAAGAGGAAAUUGAAUAAUAACAAAUUAAAACAGUAUUCAAAAAUCUUAAGGAAUUGGUUUUAAAUAGAAAUUUACAAUUUUUGUUUUUGCAUCUCCUAAUAUUUAGAUUAUGUUUUUAACCAAUACUAACUUCUACUUCCUCCUUACUCAUUGCUAAAGGAUUGAAAAAAGAAAUGAUGGCUUGGGUCCAAACUAUAAUGAUACCCAUAAAUUUUAUCAUAAUUGCCAUAAUUGGAAAGUAUGACUAGAGGGGAAAUGAACUCUAGAAAUUUUUCCAUUACUUAACGUUUAGGAUUGGAGAGGCAAUUUUGACAUACAGUAUUUUUAAAUUGUUCCCAGAUAUAUUGAAUUAUGAAUCAAUAUACUAAUAUCUCUACUUGAUAACUUUUGGUAUCACAUCCAGUUUCUUGUCUAACUCUAUAUUCAUUAAUCAUGGAAGUCUAUUCAAUAGAAUAAGCGACCCUCAAGUUGGGGCAACCUCCUUGACUUUGAUCAACAGCAUUCACAACUUGGGAGGAGCAUCAUAGAUCACAGAGUCGUUGUCAAUCUUGUCAUUGUCAUUUUUACCCUACGAUGUUGUGGCUUUCUUGACUGUUUGUUUCGGACUCAGUUAUUACUUCAUACUUAGAAAACCACUGGUUGUAUUAGCUGAAUAGAAUUAGAAGGUGUGGUAGAUAUAGAAAAAGUAGUGUGAUUGA